GCGAUAGCUAACUAACUUCUAAACAUAACCGUUACAGGGGUCGCCCAUGGAUGUAGCGAUAUAAUAAGAACGGGGUCAGUUCUAUUAAUACAUCCAUGGAUCAGAUGGCAGAGAAAACUGUUUACAGAUCACUUGUUCAACCGAGGAAAAGCUUGUUAUGUCAAGCGAUUGACCUUUCCGACUGGGAUAUAGGAAAUUCCGACUUCCCAGUUCAACUGGAACGCACCAUAACAAUACGCUGACGUAAAACCACAACCCACCAUGACCUUUCACCUUUGGUUAUGUUGGUUCGCAGCAGUAUGGACGGAAGACGGGGCCCACCUUGUAGCAGAGCAGGUCGUAAGAGUUUAACAACAAAGCAGCUCAGUUCCGUAACAGUUACUGUGGAGGCGGAAGGUGAACUCGAGUUACAUGACUCCCUUACAGUUGUGAUGGCAGUUGGAGGGCUGAUGACUGCAGAUAUGUGGCUUUAGGGGCUCAGCGCUGCCCUAGCCGGCACCAUGCAUCAGAAAGGUGCAAUCCAAAUUAUCGAAUGGGAGGACCUGGACAAGAGGAAGUUCUACUCCCUGGGUGUGUUCAUGACUUUGACCACCAGGGCCACCGUCUACCCGGCCAGCCUCAUCCGCACUCUGCUCCAGGUGCAGAAGGGGAAGGCCCUCUACUCCGGCACAUUUGAUGCUUUCUGUAAGAUCUUGCGAGCGGAGGGUGUGCGAGGCCUCUACCGUGGCUUUAUGGUCAACACGUUCACCCUGAUCUCAGGACAGGCUUAUAUCACCACCUAUGAACUGGUGCGCGAGUAUGUGUCCCAUUACUCGCCCAGUAACACGGUAAAGUCAGUGGUGGCUGGAGGUGCAGCUUCCCUGGUGGCCCAGACCAUCACUGUGCCCAUAGAUGUGGUGUCCCAGCAGCUGAUGAUGCAAGGACAGGGGGAACACCUGACUCGUUUCAAGGCCAAACCGAAAAGGAUGCUCGCAACAACUAAGCGCAGACUGACGUUCGGGCAAAGCCGUGACAUUACAGUGCAGAUAUUCGCAGCCGAUGGUUUCAGGGGAUUUUACAGGGGCUACGUGGCAUCCCUACUCACGUACAUCCCAAACAGUGCACUCUGGUGGCCUUUUUAUCAUUUUUAUGCAGAGCAGCUGUCCUUGUUGGCACCAAGUGAGUGCCCCCAUCUGAUUCUGCAGGCUUUGGCAGGACCAAUGGCAGCAGCAACCGCCUCCACCAUCACCAACCCCAUGGAUGUCGUUCGAGCCAGAGUACAGGUGGAGGGCCGAUCAUCUGUUGUUGAGACGUUCAAGCAGCUACUGGCAGAGGAGGGGGUCUGGGGGAUGACCAAGGGGUUGUCGGCCCGCAUCAUUUCCUCCACGCACACGUCGGUGCUCAUCGUGGUCGGAUACGAGACUCUGAAGAGACUAAGCCUGCGAGCUGAGCUCGUAGAGUCCAGACACUGGUGAUAGGACAAUGGGAACCAGGACAGCCUCGUACCGGAAAUCACCUCCACACAGCCGGGCAGGAACUUUUCAAACAGGAGAUAAUGACCCUGAUCUGUGUCCAGUCUCGGGGGCAGCUGCUUAUGUUUAGCUGCUUUCCACACGCCUUUUUUAGAUCGGUGUUUCAAUGUAGGUACGAUGCAGCAGAAUGCAUGUGGUGUUGUUUUUCUCACUUGGGAGUUAGUUGUCAUCACCUUGCUUUUUUUCGGUUUUCUCAGACCCAUUUCUACUGGCCUUUUUUCUGCUAAACUUUGAAAAAUUAAGAUAGAAGUUAAAAAUAUUUUUUUUGCAUUUUGCCAAAAUUUUCCAUCUAAAAUCAUGACAAAUCUUAAAUAUUGACUGAGGAAAGUUGCUUUUUAAAAGAACAGUAGAUAUCUCAAGUCUCUUUUUGAGUAAUGCCUCCUGUACUGUAUAUUUGAGAAAUAUGGAAAAACUGCAGCAGUGUAUUUUUUAUGCCUGGUUAUAGAGCUGCUCUGCAGUAAAUCACUGUAUGUAUUUUAAGUUUGUUUUUAAUGUGUCACAAUCUGGAGACACAGAUGUCUUCUUUGGCCUAUUGAAAAUUUUGGUCUAUUUGCAUUCCAGUGAAAAGAACAUUUUUUGCGGAAGUGUGAAACAUCUGGCAAUAAUCUCAAUUUGGUUUAGGCCUAAAUGAAGAGAAAAUUAUUUUAUUUAAUGAUAGCAAUGCUGUUGUUUCAAAGAUGAAACCAGUACAUCUUUAAAGUGUAAAAAUUAAGCUAGACUUCCAAAAGAAUACUUAAAAAAUAUCUCAAGAGGUCUUUGUGAAACCAGUCUCAAGUUUCUAAAGCCUUUCUGGAAUGUAUGUAGCUAUGUCACGUGAUUUAUUUUCCAGGAGUCUGUAAAAUCAGUGGUGCAGGUAUAAUGAUGAAUUCUACUUAUAAAGAAGUUGAUCAGACAGGUGUUUGUGCUUGUUUUCAUUCCUGUCUGUAAAUAAACUGUACAGAACAAAGUGGAGCUUGACAGAAAAUAUGAGGAAGGCGGUGUGAAGUCAACUUUACCACACCGAAGAGGUGGGAAUUUUCUCCAAUUAAUACUGUACAUAUUACGGUUCAGAUGAUUGGGGAUCAAAUCUGCAAUCCUUUAGUUACAGUGCAGAAACCAGUGGGCAAUGCUGACACACAUGGAGAGUAAAGGGUAAACUAAACUCCAGUUGCCUUAAAAAUUCAAGAAAUUACUAUUACUGCCAGAGAACACAUCUCAGUGAGGUUUGACAUGCAAACCGGGCAUAGCAAGACCCCAGUUUCUAAAGUGAUGCAAUUAAUUUCUGCAGAGCAAAUUUAAUGGACCUUUGCCUGUAUGGAGGAAGUUAUUCACAUGUAUUUACCAACUACCUGCUGUGUAUAAUAGAGUUGUUAAAAUUACAGUUUUUUAUUUUUUUUUUGGGGGGCAUUUCUGCCUUUAUUGGACAGGAAAGCAGAGAGAUAUGAAAGGGGAAAGACAUGCAGGAAAACCGUCACAAGUCAGAUUUGAACCCUGGACUUUCUGCGUCGGGAAAUAAACCUCUGCACAUGUCCUUCCUGCUAUAACACUGAGCUAAAUGGCCACGCACAGUUUGAUGUGUUUUAAACUUUGACAACUUGUGGACCUUUCAUGAAAGUAAUAAAAGAUUCUGAAUCACUGUA